GCGAAAAGUUAGGUAAACUAAAAAACUUGAAAACAAACCGUCAUUAAAAGUAAAACCCCCAAUUAAUUAAAAUAAUGUUAAGUAGAGUCCAAGGGAUGAAAACAUUGCUAUGUGGCCACCGUAAUACGUCACAAUUCAUCAUCAUGCCAUGAAAUUUCUUCUAUAGCCAUAACUUACAAUUUGGAGCCGAACAUAGCCUAAUAAGAGAGAGGAUCACCUCAAAAUAGUUAAGAAGGAUAUUGGUGAGCGCUUUGUGAAGACUUUCUCGGCUGUUUCACUUAGAUUUCUUAUUGUUCUUUGUCCGAUUCGACUCGACUGUCAAAGAGCACAAUCUAAACUUCGUCAUCACAUAAGCUUUGCCUCUUACAUGUUUCAUUUUACAAUUCGAUAGAAGAUUAAGCAAUGAAAAUAGUCCCAUGAACCCACAAUUCCAUUUUUGUAGCUCUAUCCAUCCACCUCACACAUAAAAAAGAACCAAAACUGUUAGGAUCUAUCUGUAAAACAUUAAUGAUUCGAAUUCGCUCUCCUGCAUAAAGAACGAGAUUUAAUCUUACACACAUACACCACCAAACAAUUACAGAAUACUGAGAUCUGACUCUCGAUCAACUUACAAGCCCUACAGCUAGGCUCGCAAUUUAACUAAUAACCAUACCAUUACCAUGAACUAACCAAUUAAUUACAAUGAAUGGUAAUCAAAACUUCUUCAUGAUCUCAACAUGAGGUUGGCAUCCUUUCCUGAAAGCUAUUGCAUAUGUAGUAUCCCCAAAUUAAGCUGACUGAGUAAAACCCAACAGCCUCCCCUCUCUCCAUCAACAUAUAAAAUCAAUUGUAGGACCAAACAUGUCCAUGUCAAAUAAACCACACAUUCAUAUCAAAGAUCCUCAGAUUCAUACACUUCGAUAUGAUUGACAAAACAACCUUUUAAAAUAAAAUAAAACCCACUCGACAAGACUCGAGUCACUCUACAUUCAUGCAAUGCAACCCAUUGCCAGCCCAUCUAUCCAUAGCUUCCAUAAACAUUUUGUCAAUGGCUCCCAAAAAGGCAACUACUUAGAACCUCACUCUUGCUUUGCUACCAUCCCCCACACUCAAAUUAUUAGUAUUAAACAAAACCCAAUCCUUCACCAUGAUUGUCACACCUCAUCACAUCCAUUUCCCCACCUCACUAAUCACUAUAUAUGCCCCUCAAUUCCUCACUCUUCCUAAUUCUCAAUCUUCUCCACUUGUUCCAUCAUCUCUAACAUCUUGAGUCCUAGCUUCUCAUCAACUCUCCCUACUUACAAAAACCUAAGGAUAGCUUCCCAUUCUCAAAUCUCAUUGGUCAUAGCCCGUUGUUUUCCGUCGAUAAUAGGGUGUCGUCAUCAAAGGGUAGCACAUCGAUUCAUACAACCAGAAGAUUUCUCGAUCGAAAACUAGUUGAUUUAUCGCUUUUCUCGUUGCUCUAUCCUUGUUGACAUUCCUACUCACAUAAACCAGCUUCCCAUUCUCCAGUCACAUUCCUAGCCCAUUGAUUUUAUAGUCGAUAAGGUGUUGACAAACAGAUAUAACAUCAGUCGACACGAUUAAGAGGUUUUUCUUAAGUCGAAAUCGGUUGUUUUUACGGUUCUACCAUUAGUGCCUAUCUAGCUCAAGGGUUACAUAUUAGGGUUUGGAGGAGUUACUAUUUUCUUCCUUACUGAUUCCCACCAACAAUGGAGGAAGGAGGCAAUAAUGGCCACGGCGGAGGGCAGCGGAGGUACAGAGGGGUGCGGCAGCGGAAGUGGGGGAAAUGGGUGUCGGAGAUCAGGGAGCCAGGGAAGAAGACGAGGAUAUGGCUGGGGAGCUACGACACUCCCGAAAUGGCGGCGGCGGCUUACGACUCCGCGGCAUUUUACCUCCGCGGCCCCGCGGUGGGUGGGGCCCAGCUCAACUUCCCGGAGCUGGCCGGGGCGCUCCCCCGCCCGGCCAGCUCCAGCUUGGAGGACGUCCAGGUGGCGGCACAGCAGGCCGCCGCCCGAAUGAUCGUUAAUCAUAAUUUUCCGGCGUUGGUGCAGUCCCCAGAAUCCUGUUCUUCGGAGGAGGAAGGAGCGUCGUGCGGCGUAGACGAUUCGGGCCGGUUCGGGUUGCGUCCUGUCCGGGUCGGGCUGUCGCCGAGCCAAAUCCAGGCGAUCAACGAGACGCCGAUGGAUUCGCCGAACGUGUGGAUGGAGUUGGCGGGAGCGCUUUUGCGCGGGGGGAGCCAUCACAGCGGCGACGUUUCGAUGGAUUUCGAUGAGGUGGUGAUCGACGGCUGUGAUUUCAGCGGGUUGGACGAGAUCAUGGAAGUGCAGUAUUACCAGCCGUCGAUUUGGGAUUAUUGAUUUAUAAAUAAUCGUAAUCGUAAUUUAACAAUGAAUGAAAAAGAAACAAUAUAUUUGGGUGGGGAUUGAUAUAUAGAAUAUAUAUUGGUCCAUGCUUCUAUAUUAUAUACUUGAAAAUAUAAAAAAUUAUUGGGUAGGGUAUAUGGGGAAGUUUUGAGGUUGCUUCCUCUUUUAGAGGCAAUUUGGUUUUUUAUAUUUUGGCCCCCUCUUUUUUUUAUUGUUCUUUUUAUUUAUUAAGGAUGAUGGGAAGAGGAGGGGAAUGGAUCUAUGUAAUAUGUAUACGAGUUGGUUGGGCUGCCUGUUUUUGACAAGCCUUUCUUGCUCUCUUGAUGAUGUAAUGAGGCAAUUUUUUUUAUAUAUGAUAUGUAUCAAUGUAAUAACAAUAUAUAUGACCUUAGUGAUGUUAAUUAUUUACUUAAUUUUUUUUAAUAUGUCUGAAAAGAAUUUAUCGCUUCAACGAUUCUUGUUGUAAGAGAAACAAAUAUGAAUCAUGUAUAAUUUCAAAUUUACACGGUUUCUUUGUGUUUGGAGGUAGCACAAGUUUGAGAUGUAAUUGUACGUGAACCAAUUGUGUUUGUGAAAGGUCUUAAUUAAAAAUCCAAACAUAAAAUCUCUCAGACCAAAUUGUAUCUCUAAUAUCAUAUCGAAACUGGUUGGUCAUUAUAAAUUUGUUCAGCUUAGCUAAUACCACGAGUAGGAGUGCUUGUGAGUGAGAUUUGUUUAAUGUUCAAGUCUAGCUGGCUCCAAGCGAACUGAAUGGAUUAAUGUUCAGUUUUCUCUAAGUGGGCGGCUUAAAACUCAAAAGUGCACACACUUUGGGUCCUACGGUAGGACGACUUCGAUCCCUUGAUAUGGGUUAUAUGUGUCAUUAACGUGACCACAGAAGGGGACCUCAUCUAAUCCCUACUCUACUCUUAAUUAGUCAUCACUUGCAUAGCUAAUUUUCGUUAAUUAAGUAGUUGGUUACCGGUUAAUAAACCAAUUAGUGAGAAACUUUCAAACGUCUGGAAGGGUUUAAACUCGACUAUUGAGUAGUUAAUUAGUAGCACCAAGCGCGUCCACCUCUUGGAGUUAAUUUCUUCAUUUGGAUCUAAGAGGCAAUUAUGAAUCCCAAGUUAUAAUUUACUCAAAUCCAACACAUUUGAUAAGUGAUGACGAUGACAAUGGCAACCGGUUGAGUCCUGGGUCAUUUUGACCAAAAUGGGUUGGACUCAAACUUAAUGCUGAAUUGGAUAAGAUGAAUCUAGUAUGAACCGGGUAUUUAAUAUAACACGCUAGUUCUACCGAACACUAUUUUUACCAUAAUAUAACCGAUAAAUAUUUAUCAUAAAAAUACUUGGAAUCAAAACGAAACGUUUCAUAUUAAAUAACAUUGAAAACAAAAACAACCUUGAAGCGCUUGAAUUCAUCAAAAUAUAAUGGUUGUUAUGACAUUUUGCUCAUAAAUUUAUCUGUGUAAUGGUCGUUGUGAAUGUUUAUGAAGUUCUAUUGAGCAAGUUUCUAAUAUUAUAAUCAAAAUACAUGUAAUUACUAACUCUACUAUAAAUUCACAUAUAUUUUUUUUUGUUCAUUAUAAAUGUAUCUGAAUGUC